AUGUCUUUCCAGAAAAAAUUGUUAGAGUGUUGCUCUUACAAUGUCAAAACUCGACUAAUGAUUGAUCAGGACGAAGUGACAACCCGGGCAUUCUUCUACUUCAGUUACGAUCGUUCGGAUGCAUCCAUCAGCCAGAUUGAUGUUACCAUGUUGAGGGUUUGGUCAAAUGAGCAACACAUUCGCAAUUGGCAAAGACUUUGCACGAUUUGGGCCAUUUUCCAGAGAGAAAAAAAUGCAGCUGAUAUUAAUAGUUUGAAUGAUGGAACCCUUGCAUUCCAAGUAAUCAGACCACCAGGCAUUAUUUUAUCUGGGUAA